UACUCUUGCACUACAGGCGUCUUUUCGGUGCAAAAAAUCAGAAUAUAAGCGAAACACUAAUUUUAAAUAUACACAGAAAGUAUCUAAACUUCCAGAGACUGAUAAUCUGCUUUAUUCAUUUCCAAAGGAAGUCCUAGUCGGACGAUCAUGUCUGGAAAACCUGUGUUAUAUUACUUCGACGGGAGGGGUAAAAUGGAGUCCAUAAGAUGGCUAUUAGCUGCAGCAGGCGUUGAGUUUGACGAAGUAUAUUUGACAACCAGAGAACAGUACGAAAAACUGCUGAAAGAUGGAGACCUCUUGUUUCAGCAGGUUCCCAUGGUUGAGAUGGAUGGAAUGAAGCUUGUUCAGAGUAACGCUAUCUUUACAUACAUAGCUGACAAAUACAACCUGCAUGGGAAAGAUCUGAAGGAACGAGUCAUGAUUGAAACGUAUAAUGAUGGACUCAGGGAUCUGAUGACUAUGAUCAUGUUUCUGCCUUUCUUAUCACAAGAGGAAAAGCAAAAGCAAUUGGAUGCCAUACAACACAAAUCUAUUGAUCGCUAUCUUCCAGUGUAUGAAAAGGCUCUUGCUAAUGUUGAGUUCCUUGUGGGAAACAAGUUGAGCUGUGCAGAUGUUUUGCUUCUUGAAGCCACUCUGAUGCUGGAAGAGAAGUGGCCAACAAUACUCACCAACUUCCCUAAACUUCAGGCAUUUCAGGGGAGGAUGAAAGCCAUACCCAACAUCAGCAAAUUUCUCCAGCCUGGCAGUCAGAGGAAGCCCCCACCUGAUGAGAAAUAUGUGAACACUGUGAAGGAGGUGCUGAGUCACGUUUCUUUUGAAAUGAUUGGUCAGAUGCUUUCACGCAGAUAAUGUUUCAGAAAUGAUGAAAUUAUUGUCCCUCAAAACUAAUGUUAUAACCCCCCCGCCCCCCCCCCAAUUACACCACUGUGUAUCCAGGUCAUUGGAUGAUACUUCAGAUAGUGUAUCGUAUUACAUAGCAUUACUUUUAAUCUGUGCAGGAAAUACUUCAGUAAAUAGAACGUUAGCCAAUACAUGACCAAAUCAGUUAUUAUUGAGAUGGUAGUCUUUCUUCUGUGUUGGACUUUGCACUUUUAAUACAUAUAUUCCAUAUGAUUUAAUGUCAUGGCUACAUUAUAAAUUCAUAUGAGUUAUUGGUCUUGUCAAAAUUAGUUAAGCUAGUCACUUGUUGCUGCUCCUGUACAUCCAGUGUCUGUGAUUAAAAUCUAUGUGAUGAUA